AAGAAAGCAGGCUAGUAUCUAGCAGAGAGCUAUUAGAGAAAUAGGAUUUUUAGAGUUAAUAAACUCACUUGGUGGGACGUUGAGGAGGAAGGAGCUCAAGUGCACCUGGCUGAUGGUAGUGCCAUCAGCCUUCUAGUGGAGACCCUCACCAUCAUAUGUCACAGAUUCAACUUGAAUAACCUCAACAAUCAGUUACCGAUACCAGAUACUUGCUCUAAACUGAAAAAUCGAGAAUGAGACUUUGGGUCUUAGCCACUCUAACAGUUCUUAUACAUUCCACAGCAGCUAAGUUUAGAAAACCAUCCUGGGGUCUGGAAAAUGAGGCUUUAAUUGCGAGAUGUCCUAGACAAGGAAAAUCUCAAUACCCUGUGGAUUGGUAUUACUCAGAAGCCAACAUAAAUAUUGCCACCCAGAGAGGAAAUCGUGUAUUUGCCUCAGGGGAACACCUUAAAUUUCUCCCGGCCAACGUCAAUGAUUCUGGAAUUUAUACUUGCAUUAUCAGAAGUCCUACCUCCAAUAAGACUGGAUAUGUGAAUGUCACUGUAUAUGGAAAACAACCAGAUUGCAAUAUUCCAGAUUAUCGGAUGUAUUCAACAACAUCUGGAUCCGAAAAAAAUUCCAAAAUAUAUUGCCCUACAAUUGGCCUCUACAAUUGGACAGCACCUGUUGAGUGGUUUAAGAAUUGUAAAGCUCUUCAAGGCCUGAGAUACCGCUCACACAAGACAUUUUUGCUAAUUGACAAUGUAACUAGCAAAGAUGCAGGUGAUUAUACAUGUAAAUUUAUGCACAAUGAAAAUGGGGUCACCUACAAUGUGACAGCAACCAGAUCAUUCACAGUUGAAGAUGAGCAAAGCUUUUCUCUGUUUCCAGUAAUUAUAGCUCCUCCACACAAUGAAACAAAGGAAGUGGAAAUUGGACAAACGGUAAACAUAACUUGCUCUGCCUGCUUUGGGAAAGGCUCUCAGAUCAUGGCUUAUGUCCUGUGGCAGGUCAACAGAAGCAAAGUUGAGAACUUUGGUGAAGCAAGAAUUCAAGAGGAGCAAGAGCAAAAUCAAAGUUCUAGCAACGACUUCACUUGUCUGAAAACUGUUUUAAGAAUAGUUAAUGUGAGAGAAGAGGAUUUACUGCUGGAGUACCACUGUCUGGCCCUGAAUUUGCACGGCUUGCGAAGACACAUCAUAAGACUAAGGAGGAAAAACCCCAUUGAUCGUCAAAGCAACUACUACAUACUUGCAGGAUUUAGCAUAUUGUUAAUGCUAAUCAAUGUCCUGGUGAUAUUUUUAAAAGUGUUCUGGAUCGAGGUUAUUCUGCUCUGGAGAGACAUAGCUAGACCUUACAAGACUAGAAAUGAUGGAAAGAUUUAUGAUGCUUAUGUUAUCUAUCCAAGGAACUACAAAAAUAGUCCAGAGGUGGCCAGUUCUGUGGAAUCCUUUGUUCACCAGAUUCUGCCUGAUGUUCUUGAAAAUAAGUGUGGCUAUAACUUGUGCAUUUAUGGGAGAGAUCUGCUACCUGGAGAAGAUGCAGUCACUGCUGUGGAAGCCAACAUACAAAAGAGCAGGCGGCACAUUUUCAUCCUGACUCCUGAGAUCAUGCACAGCAAGGAGUUUGCCUAUGAACAGGAGAUCGCCUUGCACAGCGCCCUCAUCCAGAAUGACUCCAAGGUGAUUCUCAUUGAAAUAGAGGCUCCCAGCGGGCCCAACAGGCUGCAGUUUGGAGAGCUCCAAGAUUCCCUAAAGCAUAUUGUGAAAGUGCAGGGCACCAUCAAGUGGAGGGAAGACCAUGUGGCCAGCAAACAGUCCCUGAAUUCCAAAUUCUGGAAGCAAGUGAGGUACCACAUGCCUGUGGCAAACAAACUUACUGGAAAAACUUCUGGUUUGGCUUCUCUGAGCACCCAGGGGCAGUAGCACUUGUUUGAUGUGCUAAUGAACCAAAUUUGGUGGCUCCCAGCAACAUCUGGGUGGAUUGCUCCCCAGUACCAGAUACUGGGAAUUGAGAUGUAAGACACAGGAAUGUCAAGGGUAUUCAGGCCUCAAGUUUCAUUCAAUAAUUUCUCUUCCGUUUCCCUGAUUCUGGGUGGAUGCAGAAUGCCUGUAAUUUUUUAUCCUGCAUCCCCUUCUGUCCACCCCACAUUUCCUUCCCUCUCUCCCUUGUUGAUCGCUCUCUACUGGCCUGGGAUCUUUUCACUAUGCUCUUUCCCUUUCUUUCUUUCGCUUGUUCUUUCUCUCCUCUUUCUUCAUCUGUAUUCUACAUUUUGAACAUCAAACUAAAAAUUUAAGGGUUAAAUUUUCAUGAAAUCUUGAAGAACACUCAGAUUCUCUCAAGUAAAUCUUAUUCCCAACAUGUCACAAUUUAUUGUAUUUGAUUGGAAUGGAGGCAAGUUUUAUCAUCUGGAUAUAUCGCUGGUUGGAGUUCCUUAUCCAACUGCCAGUACAAUUGAAAAUCUUUUUAGUUCUGAAAUUUCUUUCAUACAUUUUUAUUCUCUUGAGGAGUACAUAUUUCUCACUAUAAAAGUUGUAGAAGAACAGAAAGUAUGAAAGGAGAAAAUAAUAAAAAUUCAUAAAUCCAUCAUCCUGAGCAUUUUUAAAUUCUAAGCAUUUUGGUAAAUUUGUAUUUUUAAGAAAUUUUAAUUCAUGCUUAAGCAUACUGUUUAUAUAGCUAAUAUUACACAGUGUAUAAUUUUUAUUUUUUCUGCUUAAUAUCAUGAUAAAAGCACUUGCUAUGUCAUUUAAGUUUUAAUAUUUAAAAAUAGUCACGGUGUUCUAGUUCAUGGUUGUGCUACAAAUGACAUGCUCAGCUAGUUAUGGAUGGAUAUUUAAGUUGUUUCCAACUUAGUCAUCAUUAUAAAUAAUUCUGCAAUGACCAUAUCAGUACAUCUCCAUUUUUUUUUUUAACUUGAGAAACUUUGUUGUAAUAUCUCUAUGAAAUUAGUAGGGCAUUUUGACAGAACUGUUCUAGGAAAACUGAAGUUAGUUUGCAUAGUCAAAGCCAUGCCCAUCAGUUUCGUGAAGGAGUUCAUGGAGCUCUCAUGGGCCACAGAGCCCAACAGUGGAUCCCAGGCUAGGGCAGGGUGUCCCCUCAGCCUGGGAGUCCUGUCAGAGCACACAUUUUGCAAGUGGAUAGAGAUUCUCCCCUCAGCUGAGCUGCUUGAUAAAGUAUAUAAUUUCAUAUUUAACUGCAAAAGAGAAUUUCACUUCCAUCAGACCUUUGACAGGGAUCCCGUAUUAUCUUGAAAUAACUGUCUUUCAACGAAUACUUUACAGAAUCUUGUCUGGAAAGUAAUGGUAUUUUUGGAAGUUUGCCUAAAGGGUCUGUAGUUACCCAUCCAUCCACACACCCUAUAAUCCCUGGCUUAAAGUUGCCAGAUAAAAUACAAGACAUCAGUUAAGCUGAAUCCAUAGAAUGAAAUUUCAUCUGAAACUGAUCAGGAAUUAAAAUUUGACUGGGUAUGUUGUAUUUUUAUUUGCUAAAUCUGCUUAUUACUCUGGUAGAUUAUUAUGCUUUCAUUUGGUGACAUCUGAUUUUACUGAAUUACUAAACAAUUAGCCAAUGAAAAGGAUGCAGUAUAGCCGAUUGGUGAACAUCAUCAAAUUUGGAAUCAACAAGUCAUCCUCUGCUAUCAACCAGCUAUGUGACCAUGAGCAAGUUACUUCUCUAAAACUUAGUUACCCUAGGAAAAAGGAGAAUAAUCAUACCAAACUCUUCCUAUUUCUGUGCUAAUCAAGUGAAAAAGGAAGGAGAAGGAAAAGUCAAUACAAUGGCCUUAGUUCUAUGCCACUUCACUGUUUCUUGUAAUGUGGAUGAUACCCCAUGUCCUCUCUCGACGAGGGCCUCUAAAGCACAAAUUCCCUCUAGUCUCACUCUCAGGAAUAGAUGUGCUUUUAUUCCUGCUUCCCCACCCACUUAGAAUGACAGAUGUGUUUUUAAUUUAUGACACAGGGAAUUCUGAAACUGAUUUUAUUCCCCUUUUUAUAUUAGCUACUUGAAAGUGUGGACCCAAAUUUGGGAUCUCUGUACAGCAAGCAGCUUGCUAUCAUGGCAAGGCAUAGAAUAAUCUCUUCUCUGGCUCCAUAAUAACUGAGUUUUCAAUUUACUCUAUAUUUCUGAUUUUGAAAUAUGUUUUGCCGUCUAUAUUAUACGGUCCUUUGCAAGUAUUUAACAUUUAUAUUUUCUGAACGUGUGCUGAGUAUUCUGGAGUGGGGUGGGGAGAGGAAGGGAGAUACACAGGUGAGUAAGGUACACACACUCCUUACUUAUAAGGGGCUAGAGUUCACUGGGGGUUCUUGGAAAGAAACACUUUCAAGAACCCACACAAGGCUGACCUUGGGGGAAAUUCUGACAUUAUUAAACUCACUUCUCCAGCACCCUUCUACCCAAACUUAGACACUACCUACCAAGUUACCUGAGCUCUCUGGCCUCAGUUUCUGCAACUGAAAAAUAGGAAGAUGGAGAAGAGUGCUGUGGGCUCUCUCAGCUCCUAACAGCCUGUGGUUCCAAGCUGCACAAUCACAGAGAGGUCAGGCAUGGCCAGACCACCUGGCUUCUCAUACCAGCAGCACCACUACCUGCUCUGUUUCUUCUUCUGAACAGUGAGAGUGAUACAUGCUUCACCACAGCACAGUGUGAAUAAAAUGAAUUCAGCCAAAACUUGUUGGGUGUCUACCACAGGGUGGUGAAAAUUCCUGUGAAUUAUAAAAACACGAAGUUAUUUUUAGUUGAGUCAAAUUCACCUACAGUACAAUGUAAAUAUGAAAGAAAUAUUUCCAUCAUCCCAGAAAUUUCCCUCCUGUCAUUUCCCAAACAAUCCCUCUUCUUCAGAGGCCAACAAUGGUCUGAUUCUAUUUCCAAGGAUUAGUGUGGUCAGAUCCUAGAAUUCACAUUUAAAAAGUCAGACAGCAUUGUGACUUGCUACUUCCAAACAACAUAACAUUUUUGUGAUUCAUCCAUGUUUGGUGUGUGUCAGUAGUUGUUUCUUUGUGUUAUUGAGUCAUACUCCACCAUUUGGCUGGACAACAGUCUGUUUAACCAUUUCCCUGUUGAUGGACAUAUGGAUUAUUUCCUGCUUUAUAGCUAUUAUGGAUACGGCCUCUGGUGAACAUGUUUUUCUUUUGGUUCACUAUCUAGGAAUGGUCAUAAGUAUAUAUAUAUAUAUACAUAUAUGUGUAUAUGUAUAUAUAUAUAUAUGAACGUUUAAAGAAAUUGACAAAUUGUUUUUGCAAACUAACUGUACCACUUUACAUUCCCUCCAGUUUUAUAUGAGAUUUCUGUUGUUUCAUCUCCUCCCAAUGAUUGGUAUUGGCAUUCUUUUUAUUUUUUAUUUUAAUGGGUGUUAAAUGAAUCUCAGUGUGAUUUUCAUUUGCAGUUUCCUUAUGAUUUAUGAAGUUGAGCUUUUUCCAAGCUCUAUUUGAUUAUUUGUAUGUCAGUCAGUGAAAGUAAAAUCUUGCACAUUUUUAGAUUGUGUUGUUUCUCUUCAUAUUGUUGAUGUGUAGAAAUUACUUAUGUAUUCUGGAUACAAGUUCCUUUUCAGAUAGAUACAAGAUGAGAAUUUUU